AUAAAAAUAGAAAUAGAACAUUCCCAAAGGAAGUGAUAUUUGUCUUUAAUAAAUAAAGCUAAACAAAAAACUAACAUCAGGCACGUUAUAUUGCCCAUUGCAGAUCCGCAAAUCGUUGUGCCAGCCCACAAAGUGCGUCUAAAACGUUUCACACAUAUCCACAUUCGCCCACAAUACAACAACAUUUUACCGAAUCAUUCCAAAAAUAUUAAAGAACAGCAUUUACAAAACAAAAAUAACAACAAAUGAAAAGUGUUUCAAUUAAAUUAAAUAUAAAAUUUUCUUUGCAGUAAACGAAUGAAAGAAAGAAAAAAACAGUAAUUAAUAAAUUCCGAUUUCAUACCAAAUGCCCAGCUCAUGCACACAAAUGAAACCCGUAAUAAUAACAAAAUAAUACGUUCCAAUACCUAACAAACAGCAGUUCUGUAGAUCGUACUAAGAGUAAAUGUUCUAGCAGCAUUGUUGAUUAAGUAAGAGCUCAUCAACAAGUGUCCGUGUGCCGCGAAUGUUAAUACGACCGACGAGUACGUUAAUCAGUGUGUGAGAGUGUGUACGAGUAUGUUUUUGCUUUAAAGUAGCAUGGUUGCGUUUACAUAAAAAAUGCCGCUCAGUCAUUUAGAACUGAAAUCUGUGUGCAUUUGUGUGUGUGUGUGACUGAGCACAUUUAAAAUCAAAACCCUCAAAUACCAUUGCAAACACCUAUCAAUCAUAGUUCGACAACGACGUUAACGUUAACGUCAACGCCUACGACGCCUUCACAUAUCAGUAACAGAAACAACAAUAACAACAGCUAUCUGCAAUUUCUAUACAACACAUUAAGCAAACUGAAGACCAGUGAGAAAAUCUAUGAUCAUCGUCUUUUCACUGAUUGGUUACCAGUCAACAAAAUGUCAACCGAACCGGAGAUAAACGAGAAAAUCUAUGACCAUCGUAUUCUCACCGAUUGGUCAUCGGUAAACAAAACCAAUGGCACUAUGCAUUAUUCAAAGGAUAUGAUAUUCAAUGAUGGGCAUAGAUUGUCAAUAACGGUAUACAGUAUUCUCUUCGUUAUAUCAACGAUUGGCAAUUUGACGGUGUUGUAUUUGCUGACCAAAAGACGUUUGCGUGGUCCCUCGCGGAUUGACAUCAUGCUAAUGCAUUUGGCCAUAGCUGACUUAAUGGUAACAUUUUUGCUAAUGCCUCUGGAGAUCGCGUGGGCCUAUACGGUGCAAUGGAAAUCAAAUGAUUUCAUGUGUCGCUUUAUGAGUUUCCUGAGAGUGUUUGGUUUGUACCUAUCGGGCUUCGUGCUAAUAUGCAUAGCAAUAGAUAGAUACUAUGCCAUUUUAAAGCCUUUGAAGCUCUCUAAUAGCCGUGGACGCACUAUGUUGGCCAUUGCUUGGUGUUGUUCCAUAAUAUGCAGCCUUCCACAGGCAUAUUUUUUCCAUUUGGAGUCUCAUCCCACAGUUACUGACUACUAUCAAUGUGUGCUGUUCCAUGCAUUUGCCAAUGAACUACAGGAGAAUAUCUAUCAGAUGCUAACCAUGCUGGGCAUGUAUGUUUUUCCCCUGAUGACUUUUAUUUUUUGCUAUGGCUCCAUAUAUUUGGAAAUCUAUCGCAAGAGUUUGCGCAUAGUCAAAGGAGUUGAACGCUUUCGACGUUCCAAUGAUGAUGUGCUCAGUCGUGCCAAAAAGCGCACUCUAAAGAUGACCAUAACCAUUGUAAUUGUUUUCUUCAUCUGUUGGACUCCCUAUUACAUCAUCAGUAUGUGGUAUUGGUUUGACAAAACAUCGGUGGAUAAGAUCAGUUCGUUGGUACGGAAGGGCUUAUUCAUAUUUGCCUGCACGAAUUCAUGUAUGAAUCCCAUUGUUUAUGGCGUGUUUAACAUAAGGGGACGAGUAGGAAAAGAAACGUCUACCACAAGUAAUCGCCAUACAUCCUUAUACAAUCGUGGAGAUUCGUCCAAUCAAUUGCCCAAACAUUUGCUCAACAGCAUUUGCGAUAGCAACGUUAAAACCACCACCACCCUGCUGGAAAGCGAGAGUGAUCUCCCUAUGAAUGGUAAUCACAAAAUCAAAAGUGCCGAGCUCACUAAAGUCGAUGUGGAUACUGAUUCACCGUUGUGUUGACUCGAUUGAACUUACUAAUCUGCAAAAGUCAUAAUUAACAACAGCUACACAAACAACAACAGCCAGUCAGCUGCUGGCGGCAACAACAAACCUAAGAGUACCAAAGAACUAAUGAGAUGAGAUGAAGCAGAUAGAGAGAGCCAUAGAGGGAGAAUGGCAAAACUCUGGACUUUGAAAUCUCCGCCUUUUGCAGCAAGCCCUUACUAAGGCUAAGGCUCUCUUAAUGUUAAAAUAACGGUAAUGUCUCUCCAUAUGCAGCGAGGUUGUUCAAUGUACUCUUCACUUAGACAUGAAAUGAAAUGAAAAGAAGACUCACUCAUACGCUAUCUCUCCCACUUAAGAAGCUUUAUAAUGAUCACCCACGAAAAAAAAAAAACAAAAAAAAAAAGAAUGGCAAGGGCAAAAAACCCAAAAAGGCUUAGGUCAUAUACAAAUACAUACAUAUAUCUUAAUGCUGUUGUAUGUUCAAACCUAUUUUUGUAUGAAUGUAAUUUCCUUUGGCUUAUAAAAAAUAGAUUUAAUUAACAUAAUUUAGUUAAAUUUGUUUUUUUUUAUGGUUUUCUUAAAAUAUUUUGGACGAUUUUUUGUCAUUUUGUCAUUUUGCCAUAUGUUGGUUGGCUAGAGGCAUACCCAUUAUCAUACACAUACAUACAUACUUACACAGACAUACCAGAGUCUUUCGCUCUAUCUCUAUGUAGUAGUUGUGUUAGUUACUUAGUUUUAGAUGAAUUUAUAUAUUUUAAUAUAAUUUUAGACUUGUAAGCGAACUACAGCAUCUACCACAACAACAACAAGAAUAUUUAUUUAUAUGAAUAAAAAACAAAGACGAAAUGAAAUAAAACAACAACAAAAAGCUUCUUUACCUUACAUUUCUACAACAUGGAAAUCAAAAUUAA